AUGAUACGUCCUCCAGCCCCGCUCCCGCCGUGAGGGGCGGGGCUUGCCUGGAGGCGGGGCGCAGGGAUCCGGAAACACCUGAUCAUCUAUAGGUUUAGUGUCCAGAGGGUGUUGUUCCUGGCUGGACUUGAUGUCCAGGGUCUGAGGGGUUUUCUCGCCGAGUCUCCUGGGGCGGUCCGGCGGCUCGUGCCCUGUUGUGGGGCCCCCAUUUGCCGCCGCCAUGCCCACGGCCGCCGCCCCCAUCAUCAGCUCGGUCCAGAAGCUGGUUCUGUAUGAGACUAGAGCUAGAUACUUUCUAGUUGGGAGCAAUAAUGCAGAAACGAAAUAUCGUGUCUUGAAGUUUGAUAGAACAGAACCAAAAGAUUUGGUCAUAAUUGAUGACAGGCAUGUCUAUACUCAACAAGAAGUAAGGGAACUUCUUGGCCGCUUGGAUCUUGGAAAUAGAACAAAGAUGGGACAGAAAGGAUCCUCGGGCUUAUUUCGAGCGGUUUCAGCUUUUGGUGUUGUGGGUUUUGUCAGGUUCUUAGAAGGCUAUUAUAUUGUGUUAAUAACUAAAAGGAGGAAGAUGGCGGAUAUUGGAGGUCAUGCAAUCUAUAAGGUCGAAGAUACAAAUAUGAUCUAUAUACCCAAUGAUUCUGUACGGGUUACUCAUCCUGAUGAAGCUAGGUAUCUACGAAUAUUUCAAAAUGUGGACCUAUCUAGCAAUUUUUACUUUAGUUACAGCUAUGAUUUGUCCCACUCACUUCAAUAUAAUCUCACUGUCUUGCGAAUGCCCCUGGAGAUGUUAAAGUCAGAAACGACCCAGAAUCGCCAAGAGAGCUUUGACAUCUUUGAAGAUGAAGGAUUAAUUACACAAGGUGGAAGCGGGGUAUUUGGGAUCUGUAGUGAGCCUUAUAUGAAAUAUGUAUGGAAUGGUGAACUUCUGGAUAUAAUUAAAAAUACUGUGCAUCGUGACUGGCUUUUGUAUAUUAUUCAUGGGUUCUGUGGGCAGUCAAAGCUGUUGAUCUAUGGACGACCAGUGUAUGUCACUCUAAUAGCUAGAAGAUCCAGUAAAUUUGCUGGCACCCGUUUUCUUAAAAGAGGUGCAAAUUGUGAGGGUGAUGUUGCAAAUGAAGUGGAGACUGAACAAAUACUCUGCGAUGCUUCUGUGAUGUCUUUCACUGCAGGAAGUUAUUCUUCUUACGUACAAGUUAGAGGAUCUGUGCCCUUAUACUGGUCUCAGGACAUUUCAACUAUGAUGCCUAAACCACCUAUUACAUUGGAUCAGGCAGAUCCAUUUGCACAUGUGGCUGCCCUUCACUUUGACCAGAUGUUUCAGAGGUUUGGCUCUCCCAUCAUCAUCUUGAAUUUAGUGAAGGAACGAGAGAAAAGAAAGCAUGAAAGAAUUCUGAGUGAAGAACUUGUUGCUGCUGUGACCUAUCUCAACCAGUUUUUGCCUCCUGAGCACACUAUUGUUUAUAUUCCCUGGGACAUGGCCAAGUAUACCAAAAGCAAGCUGUGUAAUGUUCUUGAUCGACUAAAUGUGAUUGCAGAAAGUGUGGUGAAGAAAACAGGUUUCUUUGUAAACCGCCCUGAUUCUUACUGUAGCAUUUUGCGGCCAGAUGAAAAGUGGAAUGAACUAGGAGGAUGUGUGAUUCCCACUGGUCGCCUGCAGACUGGCAUCCUUCGAACCAACUGUGUGGACUGUUUAGAUCGCACCAACACAGCACAGUUUAUGGUGGGAAAAUGUGCUCUGGCCUAUCAGCUGUAUUCAUUGGGACUGAUUGACAAACCUAAUCUACAGUUUGAUACAGAUGCAGUUAGAUAUCACUGCACUGGAAAUAUUAACAGACACUUGAAGAAACACAAGUUUCAAAAGUUAUUUGAGGAACUCUAUGAAGAUCAUGGUGAUACGCUGUCCCUUCAGUAUGGUGGUUCUCAACUUGUUCAUCGUGUGAAAACCUACAGAAAGAUAGCACCAUGGACUCAGCACUCAAAAGACAUCAUGCAAACCCUGUCUAGAUAUUACAGCAAUGCUUUUUCAGAUGCUGAUAGACAAGAUUCCAUUAAUCUCUUCCUGGGAGUUUUCCAUCCCACGGAAGGGAAACCUCAUCUCUGGGAGCUCCCAACAGAUUUUUAUUUGCAUCACAAAAAUACCAUGAGACUUUUGCCAACAAGAAGAAGUUAUACUUACUGGUGGACACCAGAAGUGAUAAAGCAUUUACCAUUGCCCUAUGAUGAAGUUAUCUGUUCUGCAAACUUAAAGAAGUUGAUAGUGAAGAAAUUCCACAAAUAUGAAGAAGAGAUUGAUAUCCACAAUGAGUUCUUUCGGCCAUAUGAGUUGAGCAGCUUUGAUGAUACCUUUUGCUUGGCUAUGACAAGCUCAGCACGUGACUUUAUGCCUAAGACUGUUGGAAUUGAUCCAAGUCCAUUUACUGUGCGUAAACCAGAUGAAACUGGAAAAUCAGUAUUGGGAAACAAAAGCAAUAGAGAAGAAGCUGUAUUACAGCGGAAAACGGCAGCCAGCGCCCCGCCGCCCCCCAGCGAGGAGGCUGUGUCCAGCAGCUCUGAGGAUGACUCUGGGACUGAUCGGGAAGAAGAGGGCUCUGUGUCGCAGCGCUCCACUCCUGUGAAGAUGACCGACGCAGGAGACAGUGCCAAAGUGACUGAGAAUGUGGUCCAACCCAUGAAGGAGUUAUAUGGAAUUAACCUCUCAGAUGGCCUCUCAGAAGAAGAUUUCUCCAUUUAUUCAAGAUUUGUUCAGCUGGGGCAGAGUCAACAUAAACAAGACAAGAAUAGCCAGCAGCCCUGUUCCAGGUGCUCAGAUGGAGUUAUAAAACUAACACCCAUCUCGGCUUUCUCGCAAGAUAACAUCUAUGAAGUUCAGCCCCCAAGAGUAGACAGAAAAUCUACAGAGAUCUUCCAAGCCCACAUCCAGGCCAGCCAAGGUAUCAUGCAGCCCCUAGGAAAAGAGGACUCCUCCAUGUACCGAGAGUACAUCAGGAACCGCUACCUGUGAAAAGAGCGCAGGUCCGCAUGGUGGCCACAUCUGAUUAGCUUAGAACCUGUCUUGUCUCAUAUUCAAAAGGUAACUUAUUAAAUAAAAGUCCUUUGCAUCUGAAGCCUUUCCCUUUUUCUGUCACUUGCAAAUUCCAAAUUAUAGCUAAUAAAGAUGACUAGAUAAUUUGC